UCAAAUAAGACUUAGCAAAAAUAUAUAUUUUAUUCAAAUAUGGAUAACAAUAAUCUAUCACAAACUGUGACAGAACUUAAAGAAGAAAUUGAACGAUUAACUCGUGAAUUGGAUCAAGCUAGUAGCGAAAAAAUCCAAUCCGCAAAGUAUGGUUUAGUAUUAUUGGAAGAGAAACAAAGUUUGGAGCAACGAUGUGAAGAGUUAGAAACUUUAUAUGAAAAUACAAAACAGGAUUUACACAAUACACAAGAGGCUCUUACUAAGUUUCAAUCCACACAUAAAGUCACCACAAAAUCUGGGAUUGAACAAGAAGAAUCGCUACUUACAGAAAGUGCAGCUCGAGAAACAUCUUUAAAUUCUCAAAUUAUUGAUUUAGAAAAUGAAACGAAACAGUUACGUCAUGAAUUGGAACGCGUUACCGCCGAACGGGAUCGUAUGCUUCAAGAGAACACAGACGUCGGUAAAGAUAAAGAAGAUUUGGAAUUAGAACGUAAAAAAUUAAAAUUAGAACUUCGAGAAAUCAAAUACCGUGAAACAAGUUUAAUAACCGAAAAUAAUGAACUCGAAGAGGAAAAUAUCACGUUACAAAAACAAGUUUCCGUUUUAAAAUCCUCUCAAGUUGAAUUCGAAAGUAUCAAACAUGAAAUGCGUCGGCUACAAGAAGAAGUUGAAUUGUUAAAUUCUCAAGUUGAAGAAUUAGCAAAUUUAAAGAAAAUUGCCGAAAAACAAAUGGAAGAAGCGUUAGAAUCAUUACAAUCGGAGCGUGAAGCGAAGUAUGCGAUUAAAAAGGAACUCGAUCAACAUAUAAAUCGGGAGUCUAUGUAUAAUAUUAGUAAUUUAGCGUACAGUAUUCGUGGAAUGACCGACGAUACUCAAAUUGGAAGUGAUGGCGAAGACGAAUUACCUGCGUUGAAACGGAUUGAAGCUGACUUGAAAAGUGGUGGGGAUGAUAGUUCACCUGAUCCAAAACAGGUCGAUCUAUUUUCGGAAAUUCAUUUGAACGAAUUAAAGAAAUUGGAAAAACAAUUGGAACUAGCAGAAACGGAAAAGAAUUUAUUAACGCAAAACUUACGGGACAGCCAAUUACAAGUUGAGAAAAAUCAAAAUGAACUUCAAGGUUUUAUGACACGUUUAAUUCAAUUAUCCGCGCACGUUGAAUCUUUACAACAUUUACGGCAAAAAGUCGACAAAGAAAUUGGUCCAAAUAAAGAGAACACAGCUAUUGAUAAACUAUCGAUAAUUGUUGAUCAAUAUCAUCGAUGGUUUACACUUUCCUCGAAAGAAAUCGAACAAUUGCGGAAUGAAUUAAAAGAUUUAGAAAAGAAUUUAAAUAUUUCGGAUGCUACGUUACAAUUACGUACGGAAGUAACAAAUUUGAAAAAUAAAUUAUUAGAUAUGGAACAGAAAUCAGCGGAAUUAGAAACGGAUGUACGAAUAUUAGGUGAAAUUGCUGGUGAAGCGGGAUCUGCACUGGAUGUUGCUCAAAAUGAUUUAAGUACGGUGUCCGAUGAAUUAGCUCAAUUGUAUCAUCAUGUGUGUACGGUGAAUGGAGAGACACCUAGUCGGGUGGUCUUGGAUCAUGAAAAACAUGGUGGAAUGACUCCAAUGAAUGAAACAGCACCCACUAUUGGUGAAUUAUCGAAAAUGCAAAUAUUACAAAGUAGAUUAAAGACUGAUAUACCAUUGAAGAACUUAGAAAGUUUAAGUGAUGCUGCUGAAAUGGCUAAACAUGUGGAAACUAUUGUGGAUCAAAUCAAACAUUUACGUUCAGCUGUUGAGAAUACAAUUGAAUUAUCCAAAAUGAAAGGAAUGCGUAUGAGCAGCUCUGAAGGAAACAAAGAUGAAUGUAAAGAAGCUGAAUUAAGUGAAUUACAAGAACAAGUGAUCAAAUUAAAAUCAUUAUUGUCCACAAAACGUGAACAAAUCGCCACUUUACGAACGGUUUUGAAAUCAAAUAAGAAUACAGCCGAAGUGGCAUUAACGAAUUUGAAAUCAAAAUAUGAGAAUGAAAAAUCAAUUGUAUCCGAAACAAUGAUGAAAUUACGUAAUGAAUUACGAUCAUUAAAAGAAGAUGCAGCUACAUUCUCAAGUUUACGUGCAAUGUUUGCUGCACGUUGCGAAGAAUAUUCAACACAAGUGGACGAUCUACAAAAUCAAUUGAGUGCAGCAGAAGAUGAAAAGAAAACGUUAAAUCAAUUAUUACGUAUUGCUGUACAACAAAAAUUAAGUUUAACACAAAAAUUAGAAGAAUUAGAAAUGGAUCGUGAAAUACGAAAUGCACGUCGACCUGGUGGUAUUGGGGGACGUGGUGGUAAAACUGCAUUCCCUCGAACGGGUCGUCCGCAAACUAGUCGAGAUUUCUUCUAGCCGAGGUCGUCCAGGGCUGUCAUGUGUGUAAUUGCAUUUGUUACAACAUUUUUUAAAAUGUAAAUAACCAAUUUUUGGGGGUUUAUUUCCAGAAUUAUUUUUAGAAUUCUUCGAUAGUUUUAAUAUCGAUCCUGAUGGAUUCAAUAUUAGGGCGCUCCUUCUAUGAAUAAGAAUGUUUUUUUUUUAAUAACUUAGGGUUUGUAGGAGCGUGACGAAAUUUUUUAUUUUAAUAAAGUUUUCCAACCGACCGUAUUAAAAUUGCGUGAUCCAUAAUUUUUUUUCACGCAUAAAUGUU